GAUUUUACCCAAUCAGCGAGCUCCAUGUUUAAAGAUGGCGACUCCCGUCAGCUGCCGGGCUGUAUCAGUAUUGCUUUUUCUCAUAUUAUUCAUAUCGGUUCAUUGUACAGAAACUAAAGCAAAGAAGAAGAAAGACAUAAGGGAUUAUAAUGACGCGGAUAUGGCCAGACUGCUGGAGGAAUGGGAGAAAGAUGAUGACAUCGAAGAGGGCGAUUUACCGGAGCACAAGAGGUCUCCUCCACCCAUCGACUUCUCAAAAAUAGAUGCAUCCAAACCAGAGGAGCUCUUGAAGAUGUCCAAGAAGGGAAAGACCUUGAUGGUGUUUGCCUCUGUGUCAGGAAACCCGACAGAGAAGGAGACGGAAGAGAUCACUGGCCUGUGGCAGGGAAGCCUCUUCAAUGCCAACUUUGAUGUUCAGAGGUUUGUCGUGGGAUCCAACCGAGUCAUCUUCAUGCUGCGUGACGGGAGUUACGCCUGGGAGAUUAAAGACUUCCUGAUCGCUCAGGACCGCUGUGAGGAUGUGACCGUGGAAGGACAGGUGUUCCCUGGGAAAAAUGCCAAGAAAGAUGCCAAGGGCAAUGAGCAAAACGACACCAAGAAGAAAGGAGACAAGAAAGCAGCCAACCGAGCAAAUAAAAGCAAGCAAGAGCUUUGAUAGCCGAAGCUCAAAGGCACAACGUCUUAAUGGGACCGAAGAAGCAUUUCUCUAACAAGUGUUACCAGCGUACUUUGAUGCACAGGUCACUAACGGUUGACUACAGUCAAAUCAGCUGUAGUUUCAAUUUCUUUGAUUUAUUUUAUUGUCACUCACCUCAUUUUUCACACUCUGAAUAAAUCACUUUUAUAAUUACA